UCACGAAACACCAACACAACUUUUUUUCGUUAAUCGCUCCAAGUUUCUUAAGGAUUAAGAAAAAAAGUCUGAAACAUAAUCGGAGAAGUAUGGAUCUCAAGACACUGAAUCAAUUUUCGCCGAUGACAAAACUUACCGUUCCGAAACACAAAUUUAUGCAACUCAGGCGAGACGAGUUGAGAUGUUACGAACGAUCAAAACGAAAGUUUUCUCUUCAUGAUGAUGAAGAUCCUUCUUCGAAACGCAGAUGCUUAGAAUAUCUGCGAGAGAAAGAAGACGACGUCGUUUUUGUUGAGCCUCCUAGGUUGAAAAGUAGUGAAUUGUCAAUACGACAGCGUUCUACUAGUGAUGAAGCUCCUUCUCAGACGGUGAAACACAAAAUCUCAGACGAUGACGAGAUUGCAAACGAUGCCGUUUUCUACAAGCCUUGGUUGGAUAAUUUACGACUAAAACGACAGCGUUUGGGUGAUGAUGAAGAUCCUUCCUCUAAUUCUUCUUCUCCGUCUGAAGAUGAUAUCGCUGCUCUCACUCUCAUCCAGUUUUCCUGUGAUAAACGCCAAACGCAAACACAAUCUCAACCGCAACCGCAAACUCAAACAACUCAACCGCAGGCGCCGCCGAAGUUUGAUUUGUUCGAGUGUAGUGUCUGUGGAAAAGGGUUUACUUCGUAUCAAGCAUUAGGUGGUCACAAGGCCAGCCACAGGGUUAAGCAGCCACAACCGCUUCUUGAAAACGCAGACGCAGACGCUGGAGAGAAAACGCGGUCAAAGAUGUUGUCUCCGUCUGGGAAAAUCCACAAGUGUGAUAUAUGUCAUGUUGUGUUUGCCACGGGACAAGCACUUGGUGGACACAAACGCCGUCACUACGAAGGCGUUCUCGGCGGUCACAAACACGGUAAUGCCGAGGUUGUUCUCAAGUUAAGUCCCAAUAAAAAUGGGAGCAUUGUAACAAAAGUGUUAGAUCCAGGACAGAGUUUAAUGGUAAGUGACAACGUUCUCAGCGGUCACAAUGUGUUGGAUCUAAAGCUGAGCCUAAGUGAAAGUGACGGAGUUCUCGUCAGUGACAAAGGCAGUCAGGACCAGGUUGUUCGUGAGGAAGACAAGUGUAGUCCUAGUAGUAAUGGGAGUAUUGUAACAAAUGUGUCGGAUCCAGAGCAGAGCCUAAGGAGAUUGAUAGAUCUUAAUAACCUGCCGUCACCGGAGUUUGAUGAAUCUGGAGGCGGAGACGUGGAGGAAGUUGAAAGUGCAAUGAUAUUAGCAAACAAGCCUUGCAAAAGAAAAGGGUCUCUGAUAGUGAUAGUAAUGGCUCUUACAACACAGUUGGAACAACUUUUAACGAAGGCGAAUCAACGUUUAAAAGUGAUAGAACCGAUCGGGCUAGAAGAAGAAGGAGAAGAAGACGAUGAGUGUGUUGAGAUUGGGUUGGAGAGUUGUGAACAACAGUCAAUACCAGAGCGUUUUGGUAAUGAUAAAGAUCCUUCUUCGGAUCAAAGAGUCCUAGAAUCGAUCCGGCGAGAAGAAGACGACGCCGUUUUGAUUGAGCCCUGGUUGAAACGCAGGGAACUGUCACAACGACAAGGUUUGGGUGACGACGAAGAUUCUUUCGCGGAACACAGCUUCUUACAAGUAGAAGAGUGUUUUGGUGACGAUGAAGAUUCUUUCUCGGAAUCGAACCGGCAAGAAGAAGAGAAAGAAGAAGCCCGGUUUUCAAACGACGACGUUUUCCUUGAGCUUUUGUUGGAUGGUAUUGAACGAUCAAAAACAAAGCCAAAUCGUUCUUCUUCAUCUCAUGAUGAUGAUGAUGAUUCUUCCUUUACACACACAGGUUUAGAAUCGAUCCGGCAAGAAGAAGAAUACAGAGCCGUUAUUAGGCCUUGGUUGGUUAGUGUAGCACCAAAUCAACAGCGUUUUGGUGAUGAUGAAGUUUCUUCUUCUUCUUCUCUCUCUGAGGAUGAAACUGCUGCUCUCUGUCACAAACGGCAAUCGCAAACGCACACCCAACCUCAACCACAGAUGCUGCCUAAGUCUGAUCCCUUUAAGUGCAGCGUCUGUGGAAAAGAGUUUCCUUCAUAUCAAGCUUUAGGUGGUCACAAGGCUGGCCACAGGGUUAAGCCGCCUGUUGAAAACGCAACUGGAGAAAAAACACGGCCAAAGAGGUUAGCUCCAUCUGGGAAAAUCCACAAGUGUUCUAUUUGUCAUAGAUUGUUUCCAACGGGACAAUCCCUCGGGGGACACAAACGCCUUCAUUACGAAGGUGUUCUCAGCGGUCACAAACGCAGCCAGGACGAGGAGGCUGGUUCCCAAGGAGACAAGUCGAGUCCUAGUGGUAAUGGGAGUGUUGUAACACAUGUAUCUGACCCAAAGCAGAGCCUAAAGGGAUUGAUAGAUAUUAAUACAGUGCCAUCGCCAGAGUUUAAUGAACCCGGGGACAAAGACAUAGUGGAGGUUGAAAGUGCAUUGUUAGCAAACAAGCUUCAACAAGAAAGAGGAAUUACCAAUACUAACAGGAUAAAGGGUUUUCAUUUUUUUAACUUUAUGUAAACUUAUUAACACACUUAUGUAACAUAAGUUAUGUUAUUGAAUUCUCUCACAUAGAUAGAUGUCAAUACUAGAUUAGGUUUACUUGAU